AUGUUUGAUGAGCAUAUUCAGGGGAAAUCCCUCCGCCGCCUGGCGAGGUUCAGUUGCUCCGUUGGAUUCCUGAUUGAGGGCUACCAGGCCGGAGUCCUCGGAGGGGUCCAAGAGACGGAACCAUUUCUAGACGCCAUUGGACAUCCCGGUGGCACAGAAACGAUCCCCCUGAUAGCAUCUUCGAGCACCAUCGCAGCGGCCUUUGUGUCAUGCCUUGUGAUGAUAGUCGGGAUGCCUCUCGGCAGACGAAACUGCAUUCUUAUUGGCAAUGUUCUCAUCACGAUUGGCGGCGUUAUACAGGCGGCCUCGUAUUCUGUGCCCCAGAUUAUUGUUGCUCGUGUGUUGUGUGGGGCUGGCAUUGCGUUCAUCACAUGUAACGUACCCAUGUACAUGUCUGAAAUGAGUAUCGAGGCCAGAGAGCGUGGUCCAGAAGUCGCAAUCAACUGCUCAGCUCUACUGCUAGGGGUUGCUCUAUCGUACUGGAUCAGCUUCGGGUUUACACGAAUGACCAACCAGGUCUCCUGGAGAAUGCCUAUCGCAAUACAGUCCAUUUUCUCCAUCCUAUCUGGAACUAGCAUGCUUUUCUUGCCCGAUACCCCGAUGUGGUACUAUAUCCGUGAUCGUAUAGAGGAGGGGGAUAUGACGCUGGCACGAUUGUAUGGUGCAUACCGCAAAGGAAUGACCAACUAUCACGACGUUCCGGAGAUCCAGGCCUUGAAAUCAACCAUCAUAUCCAGCUUUGGAGUAGAAGAAGAGUCACAGAACAAGCUGACCCUACUCAGUAUUGUUUGGGACAACACGCCUCUCCGGGUCGGCAAGCGGAUCCGUAUCUCGUUUAUCAUUCUGGGAAUCCAGCAGUCCAUGGGCAUAAACAUCCUGGUUUAUUACAUGACUCGCAUCUUCUCGGAGGUUGGCCUUUCGGACUUCAUGGCUUCGCUUAUAGCAGCCAUAUCGCUGACGGUCCAGUGGAUGGGCUCGUGGGUUUGUAUUCCUACCAUAGAGCGUAUCGGUCGCCGGAGGAUCAUGAUCUUCACUGCGUCGAUUGAGACUUGCUGCAUGUUGAUCUUUGUUGUACUCAACAUGAUCGAGAAUAAGACGGACGCUACCCGGUGGGCAGCUGCCAUGAUCAUGUUUCCUUACCUGUUCUUCUAUGGCUGGGGAUGGGUCGGUUGUCCCUGGCUUUAUGGGCCUGAGAUUGCGCCUCUAAGAUACCGCCAUAUUGGCUCCGCGGCUGGGCUACUGGGGGUAUGGGUAUUUACCUUCAUCACAGUCUUCGGCGGAGGAAUAGCGCUGAAGACUGUUGGGGCCCGGAUCUGGAUUUGGCCGCUGAUAUUUAACAUAAUCGCCGUGAUAUUUGUUUACUUCAUGUGCCCAGACCCCACUGGCAAGACGCUGGAGGAGAUCGACCAGCUGUUCGCUAAAGACGAUGCCCUCCUGGAACGGCUUCACCAUUCGGUUACCGAGAAAGCAGACGUACAGGAAGUCGAGAACAGUACUUAA